CUGGAACUACAAAAAGAAGAAUGGGUAGUGGUAGGGGAAACACUGAUCCAUUCAAAAGGCAAAGAGUAGUAGGAAUGGAUGUGCUUCAAGCUGAAAAUGACUUUAAAGUUCUAAAUCCUGGCAUGCCUAGCAGUAAGAUAUACUCUAUUGGUCAAGCAAAGGUGGCAAGAUUAGCUGAUGUAACUAGUGGCAUUGGUUAUACACCAAGUAGUAUCAGUAAAUUAAAAUGGAAUGGAAAGUCAGCAAUCUCAACAAGAAAACUACAAGAACUUAAAGAGAAUAGAAGAAAGAAGAAAGUGGGAAGUAGUUCAAACCAUCCAAGUCAAAAUACCGCUUCUUCAUAGUCCAACAUGUCAUGAAAAUUGUAGUGUUGUUGAUGUAUUUUAAUCACUGUUUUAAGUUAGUUCAGUUGACAUGAAAAUAAUUUUAUUUUAGUGUUGGAAAAUAAUUAAGCACUCUUGCCUAAU